AUGCUACAGCGGAUGCUGAGUGCUUGGCGCAAGUCGCGUGUAGCACGGGCUAAGGAAGGCCAUAAGGAGCUGCAAGAGGUGCUAACAAACAUGCGCAAGCUCGGCCAGCGUGGCAUGACGCUGGAGCAGUUUAAAAGCUCAUCACUGGUGUCCAAGCUUCGCUCGCCCAUGGAAUACCAUGGCCUAGGGAAUAUGAUCUAUAGCAACGCUGACGACAACAACGAGGAGAUGCAGAAGGCGUUGCAUGUGUGGAAGAUAGCAAUGGAACAGGGAAGUGAUAAGGCCAAGUACAGCUACGCAUUGUGCAUGAAGAAAGGAACUGGUUUUCCAAAGAAGGACACGAUGGGUGCCACAAAGCACUUAAAGGAGUUAGCUGCUUCUGGACAUGGAUGGGGUACUUAUGCGUACGCUGAAGCCUUACAUAAUGGUGAAGGCACGCGCAAGAAUGAGAAGAAGGCAUUUGAGCUGUACAAGAAGUGCGCUGAAAUCGGCAUUCCACCGGCUUAUAUGAACGUCUGUAACAUGUACACACACGGAAUAGGGACGAAGAAGAAUGAGGCAGAGGCCUUGAAAUGGUUGAUCAAGGCGGCUGAAGCUGGCGACCCAUCGGCUAAAAACCGAUUGGGAGAAUACUAUUGGCAUGGUAAAGGGGGCGUGCAGAAGGACCAGGCUCGCGCUAUCCAGUGCUGGAUGGCAGCAGCAAGUGCAGGGGUUGCUAUGGCGCAGUACAAUUUGGGUCACCUGUUUCUCACCGGGGACGGUGUACCGCAAGACCCAUUGCAAGCUGAGGCACUCUUUUGCAAGGCUGCCGAGAAAGGAUUUGUGAUGGCGAUGGUGAACCUAGCGCAAAUGUACCGCUCUGGGUACGGAAAAGUGCCCAAGGACCUGGAGACAGCACGAAAGUGGCUAGAGUUGGCCGCCCCGCAUGAUCCUAAUGCAAAAGAGCUAUUGAAGGCAAUGACGGAACCGAUUGCGACUAAGCAUCAAGACAAUUGA